CCAGUUGUCCCUGAAUGCACCUUACGUCAGUUGGAGUAACCUGCCCCGGUCUGCGUCAACAGCCGCUCCGGUGUGUCGGUUUGUUUGUUUGACGGUUUGGCUCGGUGUGUUACCGGGGGGGAAACCUGCACAAAUAUUCGGUGAGUCCACAAUUGAAUUUUUGGUGAUGCACAUUCUGGUAUUUUUCAUGGAUAUGAACGAGAAGCUGAACUUGCACAGUCUGACAGUUAGCUUAGCGUUUAGCUUCACGUAAACGCAGCACCUAGUGAGAUGGUCCCAUUAUCGGACACUAAGCCGUCUGUCGCACUAUUUCUCCAUUUUUCUUGCAAAUGAACGACCACACACUUUAACUGACAGCGGUUAAAUGUAUUUUUAGUCUUAAAGUCUUUUUUUAUAUUUUAUACAUCCUAUAAUAUGUUGCAGUAUUCGUAAAAAUAAGCCAUGGCUGAGCUGUGUGCGGUGGCCGAUAAUUGAAGCAGGGUUUCCCCCUCAUCACUAAUCCUCCGGAACGGGAAUAACGGAGAAAUACUCUUGUUAUAGAAGAAAGACACGGUGAAUUUAUUCCGAAAUGAUCAUUUAGUUACAAUUCGAUUCACAUCUAUUGACAAAAUUGCUGCUAAAUUGUCGCCGUUGAAUGAACGUGAUGUUACUUACUAGCCCUAUCCUAUCGUAACGUUAGCUCGUUUUAGCGGCGAAACACAAGCUGACACCGAGAAGACUGGAGCUUUCAUGCAUCUUUCAUGUGAGCAGUGUCAGAUAGCAACCAUUAGCCUCCAAAACCGCCUGCCUGUCUGUUAAAUACUACUUAGCAUAUUAGCCUCUGAUAACGCUUCAUGCAUACUUGCUGCAGCUAACCCAGUGCUAACAGUUUGUCACUGCGUCCUGAAACAGGUGGAUCGAAAUCACUGCUUAUCUGUAAUAUUUCAUUUAUUUUUGAAUAGAAGUAUGUGUCAAGAUUUGCUUUCAGUCUGGUGGCAUGAUGAUAGCGUCUGUUGAAGCUGCACCGGGCUGUGUUUUCAGCACAAAUCAUGUGAACGAACAGAGAGGCUCUUGUCAGUAAACUCAGUUAGUAUUUGUUGCAUUCCCUGCAGUUAUGGUGCAAAGUCUUAGUGUCUGGUUUGACUGAAUACACGACUUAAAACUCCCAGAGAAAGGGCCGGGUGAUGUUUACAAAUAAUUAUCACGAUAUACACACUUAUCACUGAAAAUAUCGCGAUAUAUCCAGUGUAACGUCUGCCAGUUAACUAUUAUCAUCACAAUAUGCAUACUUGCCACUUAAAAUGUUGCGAUAUAUCCAGUGUAAUGUCUGCCAGUUAACUAGUAUCAUCAUCACGAUAUGCAUGCUUACCACUUAGAGUAUCACGAUACAUGUACAUAAAUGUUGGACUGCAGUGUUACAUAAUCAAACUAGGUAAUUGGAUAAAUUGCUUAAGUAAUCUAAUAAAAUGCAGCUGUAAACAGAUGAGUCUGUAACCUGGGGUUUCAGUGGACCUGAAACUCUCAGUGAGCUUGUUCCAGAUAUUUAGAUCAACAAACUUGAACACUGCAUCUUCAUGUUUUUUUCUGUUUCUGGGUACCUGACGCCAAAUUAUUCUAGACAGCCUGAGUGGUCUGGAUGGUUCCCACUGCAUGAGUGCUUUAUUCUAGGGCUGCUCGAUUAUGCCAUAAACUCACGAUCACAAUUAUCAGGCAUGCACAGAUGCGCACACCUGUCAUCUCCUUCCCCAUCUCCCUUCUCUCCUCUCUCUACCUGUGGCUGCCUGAUAAUUUGUGCUGUUGAAGCACAAUACAGUGCCUUGAUAAAGUAUUCAUACCCCUUGAACAUUUUCACAUUGUCACUCUACAGCCUCAAACUUAAGUAUUUUACUAAGAUUUUUUGUCAUAGACCAACACAAAAUAGCACAUAAUUGUGAAGUAGAAUGAAAAUGAUACAUAGUUUUCAAAAAAUUUAAACAAAAAUCUGAAGUGUGGUGUGCAUUUGUAUUCAGCCCCCCUGUGUCAAUACUUUGUAGAGCCACCUUUCGCUGCAAUUACAGCUUCAAGUCUUUUGGGGUAUGUCUCUACAAGCUAGUGAUUUAUAGUUAUCAGAUUCCAGAUUAUAACACUCCCUUGCUCACCCCUUCCAUUGGUGAAGUGAUGGUGGCCUUUGAGGAUCAAAUAGUCUAUCAUAAUGAAUUAUUUUUGGCACAAAAAAGCCUCUUAACAAAAAUGUGAUUGCCUCUAUUUUGUCCUCUCUGUACUACUGUAGAAACAUGGCAGCUUGCAGCCUCUGUAGAAGGGGACCCACUCCUUUGUAGAUUUAAAAGCCAGAUUUUUACUUUCAGGUAAAACACCUACUUAAACAGACUUGCAUUGCUUUAUCAAAAUGUCAGUCACAUACAGCAGCUCAUCAUAACAAGUUUUCUCUUCCACUUUCGUACCCCCCUCCCUGACAGUUGGCUCUCAGUGUUUUCGAUCAUGUCAAAUCGAGUUUAAACCCUGUAAACAGACGGGACGGGCCUUUAAGAGCGAGCUGAGUAACUGUAUCCAUUACCCAGCAUCCCCUAGGGUGUCAGGUUACUACAGGACCUCCAGAACUGGUCUCCAUGGAGACUGGGGAGAGAGGAGGGAUUGGCUGGUUGGUGUGAGGCGGGUGGGGUUUCACCUGGGUUUGAUGGGCAGGUGCAGUGCUGUCAUCUGUGAAUGUGGUUGUCUUCCUGGAUGUGGUGGUGCACUGCUCCAUAUCACACUUACCUGUGUGAGCACGCUGUGUUGGCCUCUCCUGAGACAUGAACUGUUUCAGAAUUGCUUUAUUUAUCCACUUUACUGUCUCUGCAGAGUACACUGGACAUGGUCACUCUGUACUUUGUAGCUACAGACUGAAAUGUGUCUGCUUAUUGCUGACAGUGAUUUCACACAAACUAUGCUGUUCUUCUUGGCAUAUUUGCUUUCCUUAACCAUUAUCAGGUUCAUAUACUUCCCUAAUGAAUGUCGAGGUAAGAAAGGUUCCUGAUAUUUAUUACUGUAGGAGUCGACUCUUUCAUCUAUUGUCUACUCCCCUUCACAUUUGACCCUUAAAAUAAAUGUGUGAAGCUUUUUGUCUCAAAGUCUCACUCAAGAAUUUAAAAACACAAAGCACAUUAAGACUUUUUCAAGUCAUGUAUGUGGAUGUGGUUGAAGCCAGUACAAAGCAUGUAUGAAAACGACACUUAAAGGAUAUUCCCAGCAAUUCCAUGUUUCAGAACAGAAAAGAGUACUUUCUGUGCAUGAAAAGUGAAAUUUCACCCCAUUCUUGCCUGAUACAGGAUUUAAGCCACCGAACAAUACGUCUCAUGAUGCUCCAAAUUAUUUCAGUGGGUGACAAGUCAAGUCUGCAUGCACUCCUGUGUAGCACCAGGACUCUUCUACUACUGUGCCAUGCUUUUGUAAUUCAUGCAGAAUGUGAUUUGACAUUGACUCAUUGAAAUAUGAUGAUCUUACAGAAAAAGUUGGCUCCAAAACUUGUUGAUCAGCAUUAAUGAACCCUCCAAGAUGUGUAAGCUACCAAUGCCAUGGACACUUAUGAUCCCCAAACCACCAGAAAUGCUGGUUUAUGAGCCUUGUGCUGAUAACAAGUCAGAUGGUUCCUCUCUUUUUGAGAGCAGAGGACACACAGCAUCCAUGAUUUCCAAAACAAUGUCAAAUUUUGAUUUAUCAGACCACAGGACAGUUUCCCUCUUAAUCUCAGUCAUUCUUAAAUGGACUUUGGCCCGGAGAACUUCCUGGUUUGUGGGGUGUGGAUUUGCAUGGUACAGUUUCAGCCUGAAUUUGUAGAUGCAGUAUAUAACUGUGUUAACAGACAAUUGUUUUGGAAGUGAGUUUAUGUGAGUGUAUGCAGUGAUUUCCACUACAGAGUCAUGAGUGUUUUUAAAGCACUGCUUCUCGAUCUAACAGCUAUUCCGUAUUGGUUUUUGGUUUUGUCUCUUUUGUACAGAGAUUAGUUCAGAUUCUCAGAGUCUUUUCAUACGUUCUCCUGUACACAUGAAUACCUUAUGUACAUAAAAACUAUGUGCUUGAUUAAAUAUAGGGUUUAAAUGAUUUGCAAACAUAAAAUAAAUAUUAACAUUUUACACCAUGUCCCAACUGUUUUGGCAGUGGAUUUAUAUAAUUUUAAUGCAGACACCCAAAUACGAUUUUUAAAAACAGAUAACCUUGAAAAACCCUCAGUACUGAGUGUUGGAGUUCUGUAAAAUAGUGUGAUUUCUGUUCUUGAUCUCUUUUUCUCACACUGUUAAAAAAUUUAAAACGUCUCUCACACAUUUGCAAUCUUGUCAACAAAUGUCAGAUGUUAGAUUUUCUCCAAAUGCACCAGUAGUACAACCUAAAGAGUAAAACUAUAACCAAAAAAAGAGACGAUAUUGUUUGUUAUGACAGCUUCAGUAUCUCAAACAUGCGUCGGGUUUUAAUAUUGUUUUCAAAGCACAAUGACGUGUGACUGUCAAUGAAUGGAGGAGGUUUUCAAGUUCUUCAUUUCUAAAACUCGUCUGCAGACAUUUUUUCUUCUGACAUAAUGAUACCGAUUUAAAGACACACUUUGUUCUUAAACUGGAUCUUUAAAUAACCUGGAGAAGGGAUGUGAAGUUUUCUGUGAGUCACACCACCUUUAUUUGUCUUCUUGAGCGAGUUGCUGAAAGUAGUCUUUGUGUAUAUGCUCGCUCAGCGGGGAACACACCCACUUAACACACACACACACGAAUACACACCAGGCAGAGCAGGUGGGACCGGUGUGCUGUUAAAACACUUGGCUGAGCUGACAGAGGCAAAACAAAAGGAAAGGUAGGUUGACAUCAGGAACACAGUGGAGCAAGAAAUGUGGAACAAAAUAAUGAUGAGGAGGAGAAUAAAGACAUAAAAAUCUCUGGUAUGAAGAUGAACUUGACGCUCAGUUUUUGUUUGGCUCUAAACAAGAGGAGUCGUGGGGACGCUCCUGUAAACUUCCUGUUUCUGUCAGUUGGAGUUUGACCUAGAAAUGAAAGUCCUGUCAGCCUUUUGAUAAUACACUUGAUUUCCUUUUAGAUGUUAUCUGUGAUCAACUUUAAACAAAGGGACAUUAAGAUAGUGCUUGACACUGUUUAAUCCAGAGGUACUCCACUUUAAUGUUUCUUAAUUUGUUAGUUUUUAUAUUUGACUGUUCAGUUAUUCAUCACUGACUUUUUCAAGAGGAACGAUAGGACAAUACAGUGCUAAUGUAGAUAAUAUUGUAAACAGAGAUAUGUCAUUUCGGGUUAUCAGCUGCUGUUAUGAUGGAGUUUAAUUAAUUUAAUGACCAAACGUCAGAGACAUGUAGUUUGUGAGACAUUUUAGAGUCACAUUUGAUAACAACAUACAGCUAUCAGCAGUUUAAAUACAUCACAUCUCCUAGAUCAUUAAAAAGCACAAAUAAUUACAAAGAAACAGUGCAAAAAAGUAUCGUAUCAGAAUCAUCUUAGAUUUCCACAAUCACUGGGUCUCUUAUAAAGAAACCGCAAACAAAAAAUCCCAAAAUAAAUUAUAAUAAUGAAAAAAAAACAAGUAAAAAAAUGGGUGGCGGAGCUGAUAUGGCUCUUAGAUAUCUGGAUUAGGACAAAAUUGGAGAGACUUUUGCAGGUGCAGGACGACUGUGGUGAAGAAAGAGACAAAAUUAGAGGUGAAGUUUCUCAGGUAAAACCUGUACAUCAUGAGUCUAUGACAACUAUGUAGAGAGAUCAAGAAACCCAGCAGAGGGUUGGGAGGCUGAGAAGUAUCCAGUAGUAGUAUUUUGGAUAGUAAUGUGGUCAUCCCUACUCUGAAAAUACAGUCUAGAAAUAAAAUCAGCUGAUCCUCUCUCUCUCUUUCUCUCUCAGGUUGAGGACGUUUUGCACCUGCUGGCCUGUCUCACCUGCAGAUCCUUCUGUUCUUCAACGACUGUAGCACCCAACAAACCCACCCUCCUACCAUCUCCAUCCACUGCAGCACCAUGGUACAACAAAACAUUUAUUUUUUCAUUGUAAUCAUAUAAAAACCCGACCUAUUGUAAGAUUUGAGUCCAGUGCAGCCUGUGCUGCUUCAACAAUAAGAACACUCGACACUAAAAUAUUUGAUGUGCAUAUUAAAUAAGAAUGAAAAACAAUCGAAAUUUGGAAAAAUAACAUUUUAGAGCUUCUUUUCUGUUGACCUCUUUGGCUGAAGCAGGAUCACAAAGAGCUCUAAGCCCCUUGGAGGUUGUAAUGUGUUCAGUAAAGAAACACUAAAAGCUUUUUGUGUGUUUGUGUUUGUGUUUGCAGAGUGUAUGAUGUCUGAGAGCAGCUGCUAUGGCCUGCAGCAGCGGUCAGAACAAUGCAGAGACUCUGGAGGGGUUCCAUGAGGUGAACUUGGCCUCGCCCACCACACCUGACCUGCAGGUAGGUUCACACACUUCAUUAUCACAGCAGGUGGAAAUCCAUUUUCUUUCUCACCUUUAACUGCUGUAGAUCACCAUCGUCUCCACUGCACUGAGUUUAUUUACUCUGCGUGUUUGUGUUUUCCUGCAGAACCAAGCAGAGCAGAGACCCCCUGUCCGUCACAGCACCCCUCCCACUUCUCUGUACCGCACACACUCUCUGGGGGCGCCCCCUGCUGGCAUCCCUACUUCACUACGGGCGGACCAGCUGCCCACACAGCCAGUUUACUCCACGCCCCGGCACAGCCACAAUGGAAGGUAAAGACAGCACUGAAGCCGGCUCUAAAAGUCACUGACAUCUAAAGACGCUACAAGAUUUAGUUUGAAGCAACGCUGAAGUUCAAUUUUCUAUUAGCCAGACUGCGUUCUAAGUUUGGCGAUACCCAGCUAACAUGGUUACCCGUCUCAGUGUGCCAGGUCAGGAGGCAGAAGGGGUCGACGGGAGCUUCUUAUCCGGAGAGGACGGGGAGGAGUGCAGCGCCCUGAGCGACAGCCUGUCGAGGCUACGCAGCCCGUCGGUGAUGGAGGUCAGAGAGAAAGGGUACGAGAGGCUGAAAGAGGAGCUCGCCAAGGCCCAGAGGGUAGGACACAUGUACACACACUCACACACACACCAAAGAAAGGCACAAAGACUGUUGAGUUAGAAGUUGACUGUGCAGUUUGAGUGUGUUUGUGUGUAAGAUUCGACUACAUCUCAUCACACUGCUCAUGAUUUUAUUUGUUUUCAAAAGUAUGUUUAAUUAUUUCUUUGUUUUUAAGAUUGAAAUCAUUGUUUAAAACCCAAAAUUAAUGUAAGUUUCUCAUCUGUUACGCUUUAAUUUGACUCCCAUGGGUUUAUUUUGCCAUUGUUUUUUUUUGUUUUUUUGUACUUGUGUUGUUUUUUCGUUGUGUGUGUAUGUGUGCGUGUGUGUAAGGAGCUGCUGUUGAAGGAUGAGGAGUGUGAGAGGUUGUCUAAAGUCAGAGAUCAGCUCGGCCAGGAGCUGGAGGAACUCACCGCCAGUCUCUUCCAGGUCGGUUGGUCCCCCUCAGUGUAUCUGUCCAACUCCUUUACUCCUUUACUCCUCCAUCCUUUCACGGCAGAUGCCUGACAAAAAAAAAAAAAACCUUGAUCAGCUGAUUCAGCUCCGGAUAUUUUCUUUCUGCUCUUUGAAAGCUGCUCCGACUUUUUACCAUGUCUGUGUGGAGUACUCCUAAUGUUUUUUCCUCUUCUCAUUCUUCCUCCUUGUUCAGUCAGUCCUGCUUUGGUGCUGGUACUCUAAUCUGUGUUUGUCUUGUGUUAUCCUUCACUUAUAUGUAUCGGUACCAUCAGCUGUGGUGGGACUCUGCUCCUUUAAUCAAGCCUGCAUAGAUUCUCCUUCACUCCCAGAAUGAAAACAAGACACAGAUAUCAUUAAUCGAGAACAUUUCCUGAAAAGUUAAAGUGUGUGUGUUUGUUUGUUUGUGUUUCCAGGAAGCCCAUAAAAUGGUCAGAGAAGCGAAUGUCAAACAGGCGAAUGCUGAGAAGCAGCUGAAAGAAGCUCUGGGCAAGGUGACGACACUGACACACUGAUACUGACCUCAUAGUUUGUUCCACUUUAUGGUGUGUUUUAUCAGGAAUCUCACGGUCAGUCUGUUGAGUAAAGCAGUGCUUCAUGAUGACUGCUGAAGGGAUUUUUAGGGAAGAUAUAAUGAAGGCACUUAGAAAAAUGAGUCCAUGUUAUUAUUAGUUUCAAUCUGGAGCUCUGACAGCAGCUGUUUAAAAGGUCCAGUGUGUAAAAUAAGGAUAUUUAGGGAUAGCACUUCCUUACUACUUUCAGACCUUGUUUUGAGCCUACAAAACAUUUAUAAAUGAGACCCCAGGACGUUAUUUUAAACAUAAUGAAGUAAAAGGAUAGUUUCUGAAUUUACAGUGAUUAAAAAAAAAAAAAAAAAAACAUGGAUAAAAGCCAACACAAGGGGGCGAUAGAGCAAUGAAAUACAUCAGCAAAGAGAGUGAAUGAGCUGCAUUUAGAGCCAAGACUCACACUGCUGUUUGCUGUCCUAACUCAGCUAGAUUUUAACACACAGACAUGAAAAACUCUCAGUGUUAUAUCCACUUUGAGAUCAUGUCAUUAUCUCUGAUUUGCUGUGAGAGAAACAUCCUAAAUGUGCUUUGAAAUAUAUAAAAAAAAACACUUUAGGACCUGCUUUGUUUCAUCACAAUCUCAAAUGUCUUGAGUUUUUAAAUAUUUUCAUGAUACCUGUCUGUACGUCAGUUUGUAUGCUGAAAAAAGGAGCUACAGCAUGCUAAUUUUGCAAAUUUUUACUAGCUGUAAUUUGCCUAAAUUGCGUAGCAUAAGCCAAAAAAGUUCUGUUUGCAUGUGUUUAAUAUCAAAUUCAUAUCAAAUUUGUGCUAACAUUCAAACUUUUUUCUCCUCCUCCUCCUCAGAUCGAUGUGCUCCAGGCAGAGGUCCAGGCCUUGAAAACGCUCGUUCUUUCCUCCCCCACGUCCCCCGUAGGCGAUCUCCCCUCUGUAGGAGGAGGAGGAGUGAAGACCCCGUUCAGGAAGGGUCACAGCAGGAACAAGAGCACCUCCUCGGCCAUGUUGGGCACGCAGCCCGACCCAUCAGCGACACAGCCCAUCGUACGGGAGUGCAGAGAGGUACAAGCCUGCAGAACUUUACAUAAAACUGUUAAAAACACUCACUGUGAUCCUAAAACCCGUGUUGUUGGACCUGCAGGUGGACAGUCAGCUGUUUAGUGAUUUCAAGGCAUGGAAGGAGGAGCCAACGCUGGACCGAGAGUGCAGCUUCCUGCAGAGAAUUUACCGUGAGGACAUUUACCCGUGUCUCACCUUCAGCAAGAGUGAGGUAUGAACCACACUUUCAUUUAUUCAUUACAAAGUCACAGCAGCAACAGAAAAUAUCAGUCCUGCCUCUUUGAAACGCUUCUCUCUCCCGUCCUUCAGCUUGGGUCGGCCAUCUUGGAAGCAGUGGAGCAGAACACGUUGAGCGUGGAGCCGGUCGGUUUCCAGCCGCUGCCUGUGGUCAAAGCCUCGGCAGUAGAGUGUGGAGGACCAAAGUGAGACACUAAACACAGACACACACAGACACAAACACACACUCUUUCUCCUCUUCAUCACAGCUCUCACUCUUUCAUCAUCAUCUCUCCAUCUUCCCUUAAUUUCCUGCUCUAGUGGGCGAAGGGCUGAGCUCGUCACGUAAGUCUGACUCUCUCUUUUUCUCUCUCGCUCUCUUUCUCUCGCUCUCAUCAGCAUCUUUUAAUCUCUCCUCAUUUUUCCCUCCGACCCUCGUCCGGCCCUUCCAAACCCUCGGCUUAGCUCCUAACGUCCCCGUCAUUAACCCUUCCCUCUGUGCAGGUUUAUUAAUCUGAUCCUGCUGAGAUGAACCUUGAUAGACGCCUAACAGUCAGCCCUCUCUCCUCACCUCUUUUCCUGCCUUAUUGAGCCCUAGUCCUAGUCCCCUUCAGUUUGUUUUAUUUCCAGAUUUCUUCUUGUUGAAGCUCAGCACAAAGCCUGUAAACGUCUCUCUGUGUUUGUGUCUCUCUGAUAGAAAAUGUGCCCUGAGCGGUCAAACCAAAACCUGUAAGCACAGAAUCAAGUUUGGAGAUUCGUCCAACUAUUACUACGUGUCUCCUUACUGUAGAUAUAGAGUAAGUACUGCUGCACACACACAAACACACACACAAAAUAGCAUUUAAGAAUACAUUUUUACAAGUUUUCUUUUCAGGACUUAUAUUUACACUUUGAACACCCGCUGAGACUUGGUGUAAAUUAAAAAACCUUCCUGAGGAGUUUUCUUAAAUGUUACAGCAAUUUCUUUUCUCUCAGAUCACAGCCGUGUGUAAUUUCUUCACCUACAUUCGCUACAUCCACCAAGGGCUGGUCAAGCAGCAGGAUGGUGAGACACCUUUUAUGAGCUCAAUUUUUAUUCUGUCAUCAGUGAACAGGAGACUUAGGGAGCUUUGUAAAUAGUCCUGGUUUCAUUUAAAUUCAGGAAAUACAAAUAACUUGACCAUUUUUUGAAAUCUAAUUCUUUUAUUCUCUGCCAUGUUGAUUAUUUUUUUAUUAUCACAUCUUUACUUGAUGUGGAACUACCUGAGAUUUUAAUAUAUUUACCAGGGAGACCUGACCAACAGAGCAAAACAUCAACACUUUGAAAUAAAGUCAACCUCACAAUCAAAAUAAUUGAUGAAGCUAAAAAAGAUAGUUGCAUUUGUCUGAAACAUGACUGUGAAUGGGACUUAAAAUGGUUAAAUAUGAAUAUUUCACCAUCAUUUUUUGUGUUCUAGUCUCUGUUGGGUCCUUGAGUUCCUGGGAAUAGUAACUCUGAUGUUAAAAGUUCCUGGAACUUCCUGUUUUUGUUGAAAUAAAAUGUAGCAGCUGGAAUAUUAGGAUGCUAGGAUUGAUCAGAAUUUAAUUUGUAUUACAUACGUGGUUCCCUGCAAUCAUGAUAAAUAAGACUGCCGCUUGGUAAAUAAAAGACACGCUCCCUCUCUGCAGUUAAAUUAGAGUGUGCGCUCAGCCUCUCGUCUCAAACAGCUCUCACUUUUACUUCAUCGCAACCGCAGAUGACAUUACAUGAUGACAGUUACACAAUCUGAUUUAUUUGGCACAGCCUUUAGCUUUUGGAUACAUUAGGAUAAAUAAAAGUUCAGAAAAAAAGCUGUUAUUCUUCUGAGUUUUAGUCAAUUUAAGAUUUGGAGGUGUUUAAAAAUAAGCAGAUCACGCAAACUUAAAUGUCAUUGUCCUGUUUGAUUACCAUGAUGAUACUUUGUGACUGUGAGUGUUUCUCUCUGCUGUUUUUUAGCCGAGCAGAUGUUCUGGGAGGUGAUGCAGCUCCGCAGAGAAAUGUCUGUCGCCAAGCUGGGCUACUACAAAGACCAGCUGUGACUGACUGACUGACAGACACUCCCACCCUCCAAUCACAGCAGACCCACCCCCCCUCCUGGUUCUGGUUUCCCUCCUCUCCCCUCCAUCCUCCCUUCUCCUCUGUGUGAGUGUGUUUUUGUGAGUAUGAGAGAUUGCCUGUGGUUGUUUUCAAUCAUCGUGAAAAGGACUGAAGAGCAGUGAUGCUUGAGUCGUUGCUGAUGGGGAAGUUUUCUGGGUUUCUCUUGAGAGUUUGAAUCCAAAGUUUGAGAUUUAUUUACUGAGAAUCGCAUAAGACUACCUUGUGUGAAGAAAGGUGAUGUGAAAUGUAAAUAUAGUGACAUUUAAACUGAUCAGAGGAGCUUUGACCUUUUUUUUUCUCUAAUCCAAAGUCAAAUUAUUUAGUUUCACAGAGAAACAAUCUAGUGGGCUGAUGACCAAGAAUAAGGACCGCUGUUAGGGGAAACGAUAUGCUGUUGGGACAUUAAUCUGUCGCCUCACCACUUUCAACUUCAAGUAAAAAUCCAUUCUUUUUUCUUAAGAAGUAACUCGUUUUUUCAAACUUGUUUUUUUUUCACAAAGUUGUGAUUUUGUACUUCAAAAAACCUCUGUAAAUUGUGUCUUUUUCCUAACAGUGGCCCUUUUAUGCCUUUACAAUGACUUAAUUUACACGAAUCUGUGACUUUGCUGCUAAAUUCCUCAGUUAAAAAUGAUCCAUCACUAACAGUAGUCGAGGAUGUUGUGUUGUUUUUAGCAAAUAAGACGCCCACCAGGCAAAAAUGAAGACCAAACAAUCAAAUGUAUCGUUUACUGAAACUGUUAAUAAUCUUAUAUUUAAUUUUAGUUGGUUGGAAAUGAAGAAGGCAGUCUAGGGACGUUGAUUUCUGUUAUUUAAUGAAGUACAGUAAGAUGCAAAGAUAAUCAGAGGACUGUGAGUAUUAACCUGACUCUAAAGCCCCUUUCAGAUCAGAUUAUUCCCUUUUGGAGUCUUCAAAUUAUCUUAUUUUGGCGAUGAAUCUGAGGCUUUACAGAAAACUAUCACCGGAUUACUGUAAAACUGAAGAAACUGAAGUUUCUCAGGCGAAUUGUAGCUUUUUUCCAAGGUAAAAUAUCCAAACAUCACAUUAAACUACCGUCCCAAGAGGCUAAUCCUGUUUGAAUGGGGCUCAAAAUAUCCUGUAAAGGUGAAAAAGCUUGUUUGUGUAUGCAGGAUACAUUCUGUUUCUACAUUACUGAGAUUUUCUGUUAUUUUUUUGUUGCCAGGGUGGUUCCAGAUGUUCAUGAAGCUACUGAAAAGAGAUAUUAAACACUCCAUUUUCAUUAUUGCUGUCAAACACUACAUGAUGUUCUGGCAUGUUUUUGACCAACACAAUUAUAGGGAAUUGUCCUUUAACAGCUCCCUGUGUGUUUAGCCAGCUGUAUUUAAUCAAUGAGAAUACGUGUUGAUGGUGUGCGUGUGUGUGUGUGAAUGGAAAGUGUGUAUGAACGCCAGGUGUUGUGUAUACUUUAUAAAUGUUAAUUUAAACCUGAAGUCACUCCUCUGGAUCUCUCUCUCUCUCAUUCAAAGUCAAUGUCACUCUCCCAGUUUGGUUUAGUGCCUUUUCUCAGACACUCUGAAAUAAAAACAGGAAUACCUCUGGAAACCUGCUGCGUCUGUGCACUCUGUUCACCAACAACAUUCAUUUAAUCCUUUAUCAUAGAUUUUAUGUCUGUAUGUAUUUAUGUUUGCAUAACUAUGUAUGUUUGGCUGUAGGUUCAGAAUGAAUGAAUGUAUGUAUGAAAACAAUUUUUGUUAGUCUGAAUGCAU